AUGGCGCCGAAGAAAGGAAAUAAGCAGCAGAAAAUGGCCUUGAGCGAUUUCUUGGUCGACGAUUCGCUCGGCUCCUGGGCAGACGAGAUGGAUAAUCUGCCUACAGCCCCUUCGGGCGCAAACGACGGCGGCCCUCGCGGCGGCCGUGACGACUAUCUCUCUUCUCGCCCCGACCGUGGCGGAGGAUUCCCGCCCCGCGAAGAUCUUCCUCUCCCGACUUCGCCGCCUUACACGGCUUUCGUGGGCAACAUGGCCUUCGAUCUUAGCGAGCAGGAUCUCGAGGCGUUCUUUGAUGGCCUUUCCGUAAAGAGUGUGAAAGUUAUCAAGGACCGCGACGACAGGCCCAAAGGCUUCGGCUACGUCGAGUUCGGCAGUCUCGACGAUCUCAAGGGCGCGCUGGCGAAGUCUGGAACGCCCCUCGCAGGCCGCACAGUCCGCAUCUCAGUAGCCGAACCGCCGAAAGAACGCGAUGGCCGUCCCGGCUUCGGAGGCGGCGACCGUGGCGGGAGCUUCGACGAUACCAAGUUCGAAUCCGACUGGCGCUCAUCUCGCCCUGGCCCCUUACCCCCCGCUCCUCGUGGCGGCGGCGGCUUCGGCGGCGGCGACCGUGGCGGCUUCGAGAGGCGCGAAGGUGGCGGUGGUGGAUUUGAACGCGGAGAUCGGCCUCCGAGGGGAGACAGGGAGCCGUUACCGCCCAGCGCGGCUGAUACAGCCGACGCAUGGCGCUCUUCCCGCCCCGCCCGCCCCGCAGAGCCCGAACGCAAACGCUCGAACUUCGGCGUCGGAGCCGGAUCAGCCGGUGCAGCCGAUAACGAGGAGACGUGGUCGAAGGGCAGCCGGUUCCAGCCUAGCACUGACGAGCCGCGCCGUGGUGGAUUCGGUGGUGGCUUUAGGCGCGAUGGACAGAGGGAGAGGGAGAGGGAGGAGCAGCCGCCUAGUGCGGCCGAGUCGGGCGAGACGUGGAGGAGGGGACCGAGUAGGCAGAGUACGAGCCCGACGAGCUCGACGCCGCCGACGCCCAGUGUGGGCGGGAGGAGGCCGUUGAAUCUUCUUCCGCGUACGGGGGCGCCGAGUGGGACUCCGAGCCCGUUGGCUUCGCCUUCGUUGCCGGGUUCCAAGGCUAAUCCGUUCGGUGCUGCCAAGCCUGUGGACGUUUCUGCGCGCGAAGCAGCUGUUGAAGCUAAGAUCGAGCGUCAAGCCGCGCAUGCUACAUCGCACCACCCCAUGUCCCGCACAGGCAGCCGCACGGCCUCUCAACGCGGCUCGUCGCGUCUCAACGAGAGCACCACCAGCCCCGCCACCAGCCCGCGACCGGCACACGCCAGCCCCAAGGGCUCGCACGACGGCAAGGAGGGCGCGAAGACUAGUGGUACGGGCGGCGUGAGGAGGGAAGGCUUCAGCUUCGCUGCAGCGGCCGGGAAAGAGGAUAAGGAUGCUGAGGGCGUCGCACAGAGCUUGAGCGAGGUCACUAUUUGA